CUUUCAACAUUCAGUGUAUAUUUUGAUCGCAAACUAACGCCAGAACAAAACAAAAACCCAUCAUUGUUCUGCCCCCUUCCUCUCCGACCUACCCUAUUCCCAGUAAGACUGUACUAAGCAAUUUUUCUUGUUUCUCUCAGCCCUGCUUCCAUAUUUCUACCUAAGUCUAUAAUGUCAUUUUUAAAAUUAUAAUAAAACACACAUAACAUUAAAGUUGCCCUUGGAACCAUUUUUAGGCGCACAGAGUUCAGGGGCAUUAAGCACACUCACACUGCUGUACAAACAUCUCUGAAACCUCAUCAUCUUCCUAAGGUGAAGUCCCCGUGAAGCGCUGACUCCCCAUACCAGCCCCUCAUUUCUGUCUCUAUGAAUCUGAUGACUUUAGAGACCUUGUAUGAGUGGAAUUACGCAGGAAUUUUUUUUGUGUGUGACUGGUUUAUUUCACUGAGCGUAACGUUCUCAAGGGCCAUCCAUGCUGUAGUGUAUUAGCAUUUCCUCUUUUUUUUUUUGUUUUAAAAAGCAAAACAAAAAGCAUAGAAAUGAUACAGUUACAAAAAAACCUGUAGGAAAUUAAUACUAGUUAAUAUAUUGCAUAGUUAGCUUAGAAGUAGUUGUUCAGGCUACAAGAGCUAAGCACAAAAAUAAUCAAACAAUGACAGCACAAAUAAUUCUUUCUAAUGAACUAACAGAGAUCAUUAGUACAGUUAUCUAUCUUCCAUACAUAUACAUACAUACAUUUAUAUAUGUUAACCAACCCACAUAUAAUCGUUUCCUUUCUUCCUUUCCUCCUUUCUCCUGUCCCAGUUGUUCUUUCCUUUAUGGAGUACAGACUGGUGCAACCACUGUAGAAAUCAGUGUGGAGAUUCCUCAGAAAACUAGCUAUUCCCCUUCUUGGUAUCCCAGAAGAAUUGAAAAUGUCAUGCCACAGCGAUAUGUGUGCAUCCAUGUUUAUAGCAGCACAAUUUAUUAUAAUAGCUGAGUCUUGGAAACAGCCUAAAUGCCCAUCACCUGCAGAACACGUAAAAAAAAGAUGUGAAAUUUUAUACAAUGGAAUAUUAUUCAGCUAUAAAAAGGAUAAUCUUGAGGCUUUUAUAGGUAAAUGGAGGCAUCUUGAGAUCAUACUCAUAAGUGAAAUAAAUCAAGCUCACAUUUAUAAAUAUCAUAUUGUCUCCCUGGUAUAAAAAAUAAAAAAAACCUGAAAGGGUAAUAAGAUCUAAAAUGUACAAUAGAUACUGUAAUAAUGAAAAGGAAAGAAAGUAUGUUUAAGCUUCCUUUAAGGCUGAGUAAUAUUCCAGCAUGGGUGUGUGCCUGAGGCUCAUCAGCUCAUCAGCUUCUGUUCAUCAGCUGAUGAACAUUUAAGUUGCCUCCAUAUCUUCACCAUCGCUGUGCUGUGAUGAGCAGUCAUGUUGUCAUUUCCUGAUUUCUUGCUCUACAAGAACAAAAUGUAGUGUGCUAAAUACUCCUUAUCUUCAGUUCAUCUCACUUAAUACGGCCACCUCCUAGUUUUUUGGUUAAAUGGUAGCUCAGCAUUGAUAUGAUUCAGUUCCUGUAUCAUAUGAUAUGUGUAAGUCCACGACUAUGCCCAGAGUUGCGCUGUUCCUCUCCUGGGAGUCAUGCAUGCCUUCCAUCUGCUUUGUCUAUGUGCCUGCCUUGCAUUGUCAGACAGCUGGCUGGCUGCCCUCCUUUCUAUCCCCGCCUACCUUCAGCUUGCUUUUUCUGUCUCAAUAGCCCAUCCUCUCCCUAGGCUCUAACAUCUUCCUCUUGUCAUUUGCUCAUUCCUUGAGACACGGUUUCCAGCAGCUUCUCAGAAGAACGAUUUGAAGGAGGCAAAUAGAGGAAUAUUUCCUCCCUCGGAUGUUGCAGGACCUGACAAAGCAGGAAACUGUGCCUUUUGGGGAUGCUGUGCUGGCCACGUGGGAUACCUGCAUCGGGAGUGAGGUCUGUGAGGAGCUCUGGACACCACACAGCCCACAUGUUGACAUGGGCCUGGAUGGUGUAGAGAUCAUCACCAAUGCCUCGGGCAGUCACCAUGUGCUGCGCAAAGCCCAUGCCAGGGUGGACCUGGUGACCAUGGCCACCACCAAGAAUGGGGGGAUCUACCUGCUGGCCAACCAGAAGGGCUGUGACGGUGACCGGCUGUACUACGACGGCUGUGCCAUGAUAGCAAUGAAUGGGAGCAUCUUUGCACAGGGGUCCCAGUUCUCUCUGGAGGACGUGGAGGUCCUGACUGCCACAUUGGACCUGGAGGAUGUAAGGAGCUACAGGGCGGAAAUUUCUUCUCGGAACCUGGCGGCCAGCAGGGUGAACUCCUAUCCCCGAGUGAAGGUGGACUUUGCUCUGUCACACCAUGAGGACUUGCUACAGCCUGUCACUGAGCCUGUAGAGUGGAAAUACCACAGCCCUGAGGAGGAGAUAAGCCUUGGACCUGCCUGCUGGCUCUGGGAUUAUUUAAGACGCAGCCAACAGGCGGGGUUUUUCCUGUCCCUGAGUGGUGGUGUGGACAGCGCAGCUACUGCCUGCCUGGUCUAUUCCAUGUGCCAUCAGGUCUGUGAGGCGGUGGCGAGAGGAAAUCAGGAAGUGUUGGCUGACAUCCGGACCAUUGUGGAUGAGAGCAGCUAUACCCCUCAGGCCCCUCAGGAGCUGUGUGGACGCAUAUUGACCACCUGCUACAUGGCCAGUGAGAACUCCUCCCAGGAAACAUGCAGCAGGGCCGGAGAACUGGCCCAGCAGAUUGGAAGCUACCACAUCGGUCUCAACAUUGACCCAGCCGUGAAGGCCAUUGUGGGCAUCUUCAGUCUGGUGACAGGGAAAAUCCCUUUGUUUUCAGCUCAUGGAGGAGGCAGCAGGGAAAACCUGGCUUUGCAAAAUGUACAGGCUCGGAUCAGGAUGGUCCUCGCCUACCUGUUUGCCCAGCUGAGCCUCUGGUCCCGGGGUGUCCGUGGAGGGCUUCUUGUGCUUGGAUCUGCCAACGUGGAUGAGAGUCUCCUCGGCUACCUGACCAAGUACGACUGCUCCAGUGCAGACAUCAACCCCAUCGGCGGAAUCAGCAAGACUGACCUGAGAGCCUUCAUCCAGUUCUGCAUGGAGCACUUCCAGCUCCCCGCGCUGCAGCGCAUCCUCUCAGCGCCAGCCACCGCAGAGCUGGAGCCCUUGGCUGAUGGUCAGGUGUCCCAGACAGACGAGGAUGACAUGGGGAUGACAUACUCAGAGCUCUCUGUGUACGGGAGGCUCAGGAAGAUAGCGAAGGCGGGGCCCUACAGCAUGUUCUGCAAGCUCCUCACCAUGUGGAAGGACACCUGUACCCCACGACAGGUGGCUGACAAGGUGAAGCGAUUCUUCUGGAAGUACUCCGUGAACAGACACAAGAUGACCACGCUCACACCUGCCUAUCACGCGGAGAACUAUAGCCCUGAUGACAAUAGGUUUGAUCUGCGGCCCUUCCUGUACAAUACACGCUGGCCGUGGCAGUUCCGGUGCAUUGAAACUCAGGUUCUACAGCUUGAGAAGAAAGCGAUGCAGGACCUGGAUGGCCCAGACUGAGGUUCAUACCUUCCUGAGGCCUUUUUCCUUAUGAUCCUUACUGUGAUGUCAGCACAAUUGGAGGCCAAGGGGAGCCUCAUGUGAAUCAGUUUUAUUUCAUGUUUGGAGCCAGAGGGGUCUUUUUCAUUGUAAGUCCUUCAAGAGAAGCUAAAAUAAAGUAAAUAUGUUCUUUAAUCCUAAUAA